AAAGCACAGCGCCCCUCACAGGAAUGGAGGUGCACAUUGCCGCUAAACCAAGCAUCGCCAUAUUGAUGUCCCAACAACGUCGAGAGGACAUAUGACAGUGGGAAUCCUAGUGAUGACUCUACUGAGCCCGGUGCCCCCUGAUUAGACUGGUUGGAUGUACUCCUUAACAACUACAACAAUCAGCCUCUACCAAACCAACGAAGCAUCAGCUCUGCAGCGACCCCACCUGUCACCUGCAGCUUGGAGGAAACCUCCAAGGUGAUCCAGAGAACAUCCUGUGUAUAAUAUGUCCGGCUCUGUCCCAAGCCGCUCUCGAGUUUACCCUGAUGUAAACACACAGAGGCCUCGGGAGUACUGGGACUACGAGUCCCAUGUGGUGGAAUGGGGGAACCAAGAUGACUACCAGCUGGUGCGCAAACUAGGACGAGGCAAAUACAGUGAGGUGUUUGAAGCCAUAAAUAUCACCAACAAUGAGAAGGUUGUUGUCAAAAUACUCAAGCCAGUCAAAAAGAAGAAAAUCAAGAGAGAAAUCAAGAUUCUAGAAAACUUGCGAGGCGGUCCCAACAUCAUCUCACUUUUAGAUAUCGUCAAGGAUCCUGUGUCUCGAACUCCCGCGCUGGUUUUUGAGCAUGUCAACAACACUGAUUUCAAGCAACUGUAUCAAACUUUAUCAGACUUCGACAUACGGUUCUACAUGUUUGAAAUAUUGAAGGCCCUUGACUACUGUCACAGUAUGGGGAUCAUGCACAGAGAUGUCAAGCCACACAAUGUGAUGAUUGAUCAUGAACACAGAAAGCUCCGCCUGAUCGACUGGGGCUUGGCAGAGUUCUACCACCCUAACCAGGAGUACAAUGUGAGAGUGGCCUCGCGCUACUUCAAAGGACCUGAGCUGCUCGUAGACUACCAGAUGUAUGACUACAGUUUAGACAUGUGGAGUUUGGGCUGUAUGUUGGCCAGCAUGAUCUUCAGGAAGGAGCCUUUCUUCCAUGGACACGACAACUACGACCAGCUCGUACGGAUUGCUAAAGUCCUCGGCACAGAGGACUUGUAUGACUACAUCGACAAGUACAACAUUGAACUAGACCCGCGGUUUAAUGACAUUCUGGGCAGACACUCCCGUAAGAGGUGGGAGAGGUUUGUGCACAGUGAGAACCAGCACCUGGUGAGCACCGAGGCUCUGGACUUUCUGGACAAGCUGCUGCGUUACGACCACAACGCUCGCCUCACGGCCCGGGAGGCCAUGGAACACCCCUACUUCUACUCCGUUGUUAAAGAUCAGGGAAGGGGCAGCACUCCUGGAGGAAUAGUUACCAGCUCCACUCCAGUCAGCUCUUCCAGUAUGAUGGCAGGUAUCACCUCCACAAAGGCACUGGCUAACAACGCUGGAUCACCUGUCAUUUCUGCCCCCAACACUCUGGCCCCACAAGUCCCAGCGGCCGGGGCACAGCCCUGAAACCUCCACCCCCUCCUCCCAGCGGCUGCCGGGGCACAGCCCUGAAACCUCCACCACCUCCUCCCAGCGGCUGCCGGGGCACAGCCCUGAAACCUCCACCACCUCCUCCCAGCGGCUGCCGGGGCACAGCCCUGAAACCUCCACCACCUCCUCCCAGCGGCUGCCGGGGCACAGCCCUGAAACCUCCACCACCUCCUCCCAGCGGCUGCCGGGGCACAGCCCUGAAACCUCCACCCCCUCCUCCCAGCGGCUGCCGGGGCACAGCCCUGAAACCUCCACCACCUCCUCCCAGCGGCUGCCGGGGCACAGCCCUGAAACCUCCACCCCCUCCUCCCAGCGGCCGGGGCACAGCCCUGAAACCUCCACCACCUCCUCCCAGCGGCUGCCGGGGCACAGCCCUGAAACCUCCUCCCAGCGGCUGCCGGGGCACAGCCCUGAAACCUCCACCCCCUCCUCCCAGCGGCUGCCGGGGCACAGCCCUGAAACCACCACCUCCUCAUGGGACCUCCUCACCUAUGUUUGUGUGGGCCCGUGGGUCGGUUCAGCCCACCCCACCCUCUACUAUGUGUUGGCCUGGCCAGUGGGUUUCCUUUUUAUUACGUUGAGAAGAAUGACAGAGAAAAGAUGUUGAAAUUGCUUUUCCCUGUUCAGUUAUAUUUUGAGAUCUGGACUUGACAUCAUGUUUUAUUUGUCACACCUGUCUGGAUGAUUUGGUCUAGGAAUUCUAAUACAAUGUAGACAUGAUGAAGAAGAAGAAGAGAAUGGAUAAUAACAUUUAUUUUGUAUGUCCCAAAUAUACAGUCUAGCUUGAAACAGUUUGUUUGGGGAUUCCUGCUGUUGCAAUACACUGAACCUGUAGACAACUUCACAAAACGAGACAGGUUUCUCUGAUGUAGCCCCCACUUGGCAGUGCUGGAUAGUUGCUCACACACUACUGUUAAGUGCAGGAGUUACCGGUGUUUUGAAGUUGUUAGAAGCUAUCGUACUUGGAUUGGACAUCUGUAGAUACUCUACAGUAACUGUUAGGUUGCAUGCACCAAAUGCUGACUAUCACAGGGUCAAUAGUUUGCCAAUUUGGUGUUACUUUUACUUCUGUAUACAUGUUUGUUUGUUUUUUAAUGCGGUCUCUUACACAUGAUUUUGAAUACAUAGGCAAUUUUGUAACUUUUUGUUUUUAUUUUGGGAGGAGUCUUAUCACUUGCAAAAAAAAAUCGACUUCAUAAAUAAACAAUUUUAAACAGG